AUGGUGGACAGUGCUAAAAAGUGUAGUGCAGAACAGUCACAAAAGUUUUCGGAAUCUGAUACUUAUACAUCAAUGUCACCAGUUGAAGAAUUGGAAGUAAACUAUGCUGUACUCGAUAUAGACUCUAACAAAGAAUGUACGAAAAUUGCAAGAGAUUUAGCAUCCCCUGAGAGCCAGUCAUACACAAGUUCAAAAAAUGAAAGCACUGCUUCAUAUACAUCAAAAAAUCGUGGGCGCCUGGUUUCUCAAAAUAAUUUGGAACAGACGCCUGCAACUUGCCCGUCAUCAGCGGCAGCUCCUUCCAGUGUUGGUUACACAACAAUAGACUUCGACAAAACUGUUGCAUUAACUUCUGUUGCUGCAGGAGAUGUUAGCAUUGAUGGCACAAUUCAUGUAGUCUUGUAUGUGGAAGUCCAGGUAGCACUGAUAAAAGCGGUAAAUAAUUAUCUUUAG